GUGAAUCACCCUGUACCAUGGGUACGAAAUGAACGACGGCGCUGAUCGUUGAUGGCGCCGCGCGCCGCACGGCUCCGGCCUUGUCCGACAAGCAUCCACGUGGAAUGCCAACAGUGCAAGCUUGCAAUAUCUGGCAAAGAAAGGAGCCUGCCUGUCUCUGGAACGUCGCUGUUGUCCGUGUAGGGGAACAUGGCCGCAAUCGUUACCCAGCUGGCCACACCCGUCUCAAGUCAGUUAGCCGCGGAGGCAUAUGGGCGCGGGCUUGCUGGGUCGCCACGUGGCACGGCAUCUCUUCUUGCUCAUGAUGGAGAAACUCGUGCGGCCAUCGACAUCGGCAACCUUCGUGGAAGCUCGGACAGCUAUGGUGGAAGCUGGCGGCGGCGGAAAGGACGUUCGAAGCUCUCUGGUCCGGCGAUGGUGGGGAGGAGUACAUGCUCCUCGGUUUUGACGUCCGCUACAUUUCUUCUCUAUCGUACACCACGUGUCUGUCCCAGUUGCCGUGGAGUGUUGGCCAAUGAAAAUCGUUGUCCACGUGGCGCCCUGGAGGGGGUCGUCAUCGCUGGUGCUUGCUGGACAUCAUCCUCGUCGCGGUCCUUAGAUCGGAAUUCUCUUUACGCUAUCGAUGCCUCUUUCUGUUCGUCUUCAACAAAUCCCCGCCUUCAGAACCCCUUUAAACCCCCUGUCUCCAGCUGGUCGUUAACCCCUCUACCCCCCUCCUUCGCAGGCAAAUUAUUGGCCCCUUUUAACUCCCAUUUCGCAUCAUCAUUGACACUCAUCGAUGGCACCGGUCACGCCUUGUGGCCGCGGUGUAGACUCAAUAAUAAGCCCGCUUCGCCCGCCGUCGGCGCGCAAUUCGGUCGGGACGAGUGUCAGUUGUGGCCCGGCCGCCAUGGCGACCGGUUGCCAGACGGGGAUCCCGGCGGCGAACGGUCGCUGGGCGGGUCGCCGACCGCCCUCAGGUCUUUGGCGGGUUCCACGUCUGGAGGGGUCGGCGAGUCCGUUGUCGAGGGGGAUGACAGCCCUGGCGCCCCCGCCGAGGAGGGGGAGCGAUGGGGGGGAGCUGGCGAUCGGGCGACAAGGAAGCGGUUCGGUGGAGCGGAAGUCGGGAGGGGAGGAGAUGGCGGAGAGGGGGAGGGUGGAGGGCAGCAGCGGCCUGCGGGAAACAGGUGGAGAGGGGAGGUAUGGAGGUCGCAGGCGGGGGGCAGAAGGUCGUCGUCUUGGACGGCGAGGGAGGGAAGUCUUGAUGGGGAGCGCACAGUAGAGCGCUCGAGCUAUCGUGGGCGGCGAGGAGAAGCAGGCUCGUCGUCCGCCAGGUCGGGAUACGCUGACGAUCGACCGCCGGGAUCGCGCACACCGGGGGAGGGCCGUUCUAGACAGGGAAGGGCAUCGGAAAUGCCGAUAAAGGUCAGCGACAAAAGAGGAGGAGGAGCCGCGGCGGAGGGGUCGGAUGGCCACGUUGCGCGACCUCCAGGCUCCCCUGAAUGGUGGUAUCCCGACGCGCCCCCUUCUAGCGCCGCCGCUGCUAUCAGUCGAAGCAGGGGGAAUGCGCCAGACGGGCGGCGGAAUGUGCUCGACGGGCGGGGGAACGCGCCCUCUGGGCGGUGGUACGCGCCCGAUGUGCGAGGGAGCGCCCCCGACGGGUCGAGGACGGCGAGGGGCUCCGUUUCUCCCUUUCCUCCUCCGCGGCUGCAGAAUCGGGAGUCCCGAUUUCCCGCGGGCCGGGACAACAAAUCGGAGACGAGAGGAGAUGCCUGGUCGGGAUCUGAUGGGUGGCGAUCUCGAUCCGACAGUCGGACGUCCGCCGCGACUGGAGGUGGUUCUCCGUGGAAGGGCUUCUACGAAGGGCCGACCUCAGAUCGCAGCCGGUCUGCAGGCAGUAGAGGGUUGAGAUUCGUCAAGGACAAUGAGAGAGAGUGGGAGAGUGGAGGUGGUGGUGGCGAUCGACAGGACAGCGUCGAAGGCGGAGGUGGUCGUGGGUGGAAGCAACGAGCGAGGGCGCCGCCAUCGCCGUCGUCUUCCUGGUCCAGCAGAGGGGACCGUACGUCGACGGGGGAGAGGAGUAACCUCGUGGGAACUGCGCGACCUAUCGGUCCCGCCGACCGGUCCUGGAAGAGAGAAGAAGGUACGCGGGACAUGCCCAGGAACCGCCACCUGUCGGAGAGAGAUACCUUGGACCCCCCUGCCGACAGGACCUGGAGCGCAGGGUCGAGAUUCAGCGACGAUGAGAGAGAAUGGGAGGGUGGAGGUGGUGGUUGGAAGGAACGCACGAGGACCUCUUCGCCAUCGCCGUCGUCUUCUUGGUCCAGCGGAGGUGGUCGUACGUCGACGGGGGAGAGGAAUAACUUGGUGGAAACUGCACGACCGACGGGUCCCGCCGACCGGUCCUGGAAGAGAGAAGAAGGUACGCGGGACAUGCCCAGGAACCGCCGCCUGUCGGACAGAGAUACCUUGGACCCCCCUGCCGACGGGACCUGGAGCACAGGGUCGAGAUUCAGCAACAAUGAGAGAGAAUGGGAGGGUGGAGGUGGUCGUUGGAAGGAACGCGAGAGGACCUCUUCGCCAUCGCCGUCGUCUUCUUGGUCCAGCAGAGGUGGUCGUACAUCGAUGGUAGGAGAGAGGGAUAUCGUGGAAUCUGGACCAGAGGUAGGUCCCGCCGACGGGACAUGGAACAGAGAAGAAGGUGAUACGGGGGGAAUGCCCAGGAAUCGUCUGUCCUUGUCCGCUCGACUGAAAAUGAUAGCAGACGGAAAGGUGUUUGAAGAGGAAGAAGGUGGAGGUGGUCUUCGGUCGAAGAGGAACCUCUGGGAAUCUGGACCAAUUGCAGGUCCAGGUUCUGCCGAUGGGACCUGGAACAGAGGUGGUACAGUAGAGAUGGGCAGGAACCGGAUGCCCUUGUCCGCUCGACUGAAGAGGAUAGCAGACGGAGCGUUUCUGGAAGAGGGAGAGGGAGGAGAGGGAGAAGGAGGGGAUGGGAUUGUGAUUUCGAAGGCGUUCAUGGGCGUGACGAGAGAAGACGUGAGAUCGGGAUCUCGGGCCACGUCAUCAUCUUACGGUCCUGAUCAAGCAGGAGGGGGAGAACGCAUCACCUCUCCCAAGUCCCACAAGCCGUCGCUUUGGCGGCAAUCUGGGACGCUGAGUCCUCCAUCGUGGACAAAGGCCGUGAAGCAGAUGGACCCGCCAGGACCCUUCUUGGGUGCCAAGUCUCUGUCUCUGAAGAGAAAGAGAGAUCAGUUGGGAGUACAAGGGGAGCCUCUGACGCCAGAAGAGGUGAAAGAACUUGUAAAAGAUAGUUUAACUUUCGGCAAUCGACAAGUGAAUCUAGGCAGGGAUGGUCUGACGCAUAACAUGGUGGAUAACGUCCAUACACACUGGAAACGGCGACGCGUUUGCAAGAUCAAGUGCAAAGGAGUGCCAACGGUAGAUAUGGAGGGUCUCUGCAAAGAGCUUGAGGAGAAAACAGGUGGCAAAGUUAUAUACAGGGCGGGUGGAGUUGUGUUCUUGUUCCGAGGAAGGUAUUAUGACUACAGAGCUCGACCGAAAAUAGAGAUCAAGCAUUGGAAGGAUCCAGCGCCUAAGUUUCCUCCGCUAAUUGUGUCUGCACCAGGAGGCUUGACGAAGCUGCAGGCUUAUCACAUGCGAAAACUUGGACUGAAGUUAGAGGCUCUGUGCAGGCUAAAUAAAAACGGUGUGUAUGCGGAUCUGGUGAAAAAGGUUCAGUGGGCGUUUCAAACGAACGAGUUGCUGCGGAUUAAUGCCAAGGGCUUGAAUAAGAGCGACUACAAGAAGAUAGGCGCCCGGCUUCGGCAUCUUGUCCCUUGCAUUCUCCUCUCGUUCAAGAAUGAAAACAUCAUCAUCUGGCGGGGCGUGGAUUGGAAGUCCCCAAAAGAGCGAGCAGCAGAGGUGGCGGCUGCGGCGGCAGCGGCAGCAGCAGCGGAUGGGGCAACGACUGCUGAUUGGGAAAUAACAGGUCCAAUCGGCGGAACCGAUGCGGAGGGCGUCGACAACGCAGAAGCGCAAACUCGAAGCGAAGAUGAAGACGGAAAUGGGCGUGGCAACCAAGAGCUGUGGGAUGCGGUGAUGGCAGACGCCGAGCUUUGCGAUGCCGUUGAAAUGAUGGAAGGAAGUGACGAUGACGAUGAUCUGGGGGAUAACUCCGGUGGAGGUGAAGGAAGUGAUGACGACGAGGAGGAGUUUGAUGAGGAGUUUGAGGAGGAGCUGGAAGGCUAUGGAGACGAUCUCGAAACGGGAGAACGAAGCGACAGCGGCGAUACGGACAGCAAGUCGGGUGCAAAUGAACAAAGCAAGGGUGUUUUGGGUCAGUUGAAUGAUGGAUCAGCAGAUCGUGAAGACGAUGACCCCGAGGAGAGCGAUGCUGGAUUGGUAAUCCAGAACGACGAGCCUGAACCUGACCCUGUUCCUGACCCUGAGUCUGAGGCUGACUUUGAACCUCAGUCUGACUCUCAGCCUGAGCAGAGUGUUUCUGGCAGCAGCCAGCUUGAGUGCUGAUUGAAGGCAUUUAUAGCCUCUUGGGGUGGUUAUCGAUCGCACUUACAGGUCUAUCGAGGCAUGCAGCCUCUCCAGGUAAAUAUUUCACAAGUUGACGCCCUGGCGGUGACCAGAUCGAUUUGUUUGGGAGUGGAAAAUUUUUUGUUUGACGACAUAGCGUCCGCAGUACUUGUCGUUGAUUUAAGGGUUCGGUCCCCCCCCCCCGGACUCCUGAGGUGGCGAGGCAACUUUGGAAGCAUUAGAAUUUUCUUCGCAACGUCGGAUGGAAAUUGGCGGAGGUGGUAGGAGCUCAUGGCGGUGGAGUUUGAUUCUCGCUUCGCUUCGGCAAUUUAUAAAAGCACGAUUUUGAGUCCGUAAAAAAAUUGAACGAUACAGAGAAGAUUAGCAUGGCCUCUGCACGCAAGGAUGACAUGCAUAAAAUCCAGAAAUGGUCCAAAAAAAAAAAAAAAAAAAAAAAAAAAAAAAAAAAAAAAACACGAUUUUGAGGAUUUCUGAG